AUGCUACCAGGAAAAGUGGAAAUCAAUCCAAGGAGAGCAGCUGUAGCAGCUAUCACUCUUAGGAAUGGAAAAGGGUAUGAGCCGCCAGCAUACCCAGAUCAAGAGGAAGCAAUGCCGCCAAUCAAGAAGAAACCAAUGGAGUAUGUCAUUAUUGGAGAUGGGACUGAACCACCUAAGGAAGUCCAUGUCAGAAUAGAACCAGGAACUCAGGAGGAAGUGGAGAAGCCACCUGAAGAACCAAGAGUGUAUGAGCCAAAGAUCCCAUACAGAAAUGUUCUUUCUCAACCCAAGAAGGAGAAGGAGCAAGCAAAGCUCAAGGAUCUUGUUAGCCAACUUUCAGUAAGGUUACCUUUCAUUGAUGCCUGCCAGAUAAUUCCAUCUCUCAGGAAAUAUAUGAAGGCCAUACUCACAAGCAAUGUGAGUCUUGAAGAAGGAGCAAUGAUGAUUACAAAGGAGUGUAGUGCCAUACUUCAGAAUCGCAUGCCAGAGAAGCUGAACGACCCAGGGAGUUUUGUUUUGUCUUGCAAGAUCGGUUCUACACACUUCCAUAGAGCACUUUGUGAUUUGGGUUCUAGUAUCAGAUCUGUUCGCCGCCCUGUUGGUGUUAUUAUGGAUGUUCCAAUCAUGGUUGGAGAUUGCUACAUCCCUGCUGAUUUUGUAGUUCUUGAGCUGGAACACCAACCUAAAGACCCUCUUAUCUUGGGAAGGCCAUUCCUAGCUACUGCAGGAGCUAUAAUAGAUGUCAAGAAUGGAAAGAUUGACUUGCAUCUUGGAGAUAUAGUGAUGAAUUUCGAGGUGAACAAGUCCAUGGAGAAACCAACUGUAGAUGGUCAAGCUUUUUGGAUUGGAGAGCUCGCAGAGACAAGAGAAGAAGUGCUGGAUGAACUCCUUCUUAUUGACCCUUGGAGCUAG